AAGGAGAUGCCACCUAAGACCAAAAAAGAAAGGAUGAGAGAUGGGGUUCAGAAGAAGAAAAAGAAUGCAGGUGCUGGUGUGGAGGCUGAGUCCAUGCACAGGCUGGCAGUGCUGGAAAAGGAGUUGCUCCGAGACCACUUAGCUCUGCAGAGGGGGGAGGCCCACUGAGCCAAGGCUUCUGAAGACCAGCUGAAGCAGAGGUUGCAAAGGCUGGAGGCUGAGCUGGAGGGGGCCCGAAGUGAAGGAAAGGCCAUAUAUGCAGAGACGAGGCGUCAGUGCCAGGUCCUGCAGGAGCAGAUGGAGACCCGCAGCAGGCAGCUGGAGGAAGAAGUGAGGGGCCUUCAGGAGCAGCUGGAGACGUGCCAGAGAGAGACCGAGGCUGCUUGGGGAGAGGCAAAGCAGGCCCUCACAGAGCGGGACCAGGCUCUGGCUCAGCUUCAGACCCACGUGGCAGACAUGGAAGCCAAGUGUGAGGAAAUCUUGCAUGGCUGCCUGGACCAACUCUUGGCUAAGCUGAGAGCGAUUAAGCCUCAGGGGGAUGGAGCUGUGCUGAGACUCCACACCAGGCACAAGGAGCAGCUCCGCCAGUUGGGACUCAACCCCCUGGAUCUGAGACUGAGCACGCAGUCUCUGGGCCCUCUGAGGCCCAACAAUAAAGCUAUCUUGAUGUAG